AUGGGCGCAAAGCUGUACCAUACUGCACACACCGUCCUGAACAGCACAAAAGGUUAUCGUACGAACUGCAAGAAGAUUAACCAAGAUUGUUCACAAAUGCCGGAAUUGUUGCCGGCAGCAUCGAUGAUGACAACGGAUGACUGGGCGGGCAGCGAUAAAUGUUGCCACCUGUGGUAUUUCACAGAAAUACGCAGGUGA